CCUCCUCCACCUAAUCGCAUUCUCUUUCAGAGCACCUGCGACCAACUGAGCUCCAUCGACACCGAAGAGUUGGCGGCAAUGGCGGUUACGGAGGCCAAGUAUCUGAUCUUCCUGGUGGUGAGUAUCAUCAGAUCGGCAGAGGCUGCUUUGGUAGAGAUGUGGACUGUUUAUUACAGACAAGGAUUGGCUAUCAUCUCCGACUACAAAGAACGUAUCUUCAGUGUAUUUCCCUUUUCCAAACUCCAAUCCCUCCACUCCCAUUUCUUUCUUCUUCUUUUUUUUCCCCCGUUUCCUCUUCCGAAUCUCAAGUUUUUAUACUUUGCAUAUAUAUGCCGUUUUGUUCUCAGGUAACUUGAAAUUUCUGUGCCUGCAUGCUUUGAGAUUUGGUGCUAAAAUGUUACUAAUAUGUUAUUCCAUCCUAAUAUAUAGAUGAUAUAUUGUCAGUCAAGUGGCGGAAAUAGCCUGUCCGCAUAUCGAGAAUAAGUUGUAGAUCUGACACUCUCCACAUAUCUCAUUCAUACCGUGUCACUGCCUUUUAGUAAACUGUCAUGUCUUCAUAAGAUCAAUGGGUUCCAAAGCAAACCACAUUGUGAAAUUUUUCUUUAUUUACUGGAAUUUGCUUGCCGUUUCUAUGGAUUUGUGUAUGGUCAUGUUCAACGGAGACUAAUAGAGGCAAGACAUCGGUUAGAAAAAGUAAUAGAAUUUAUCUUAAUGGUAUUAGAAAUAGGGGUAAACCUAAAUUAAAAUGAAAUAAGGAAAGAUAUGAAAAUAUUUAACUUAAGGUGCGUGAUCGAAAUGAAUAGCGAAGACGGAUUUAUAUAGUCAACUCCAAAUGGUUGGGACACAAGACUUAGUUUGAUUUUCUAUGGACUUGUGUCAGCCGGGCUCUCAUAUUUUCCAGGUUUUUUUGACAUAUUGGCUUUUGGAAGUGAUAGAUUAACUGUAUCUGAUUGUAGACUAAAUGUUGGAGGCUCAUUAUUUUUAUUGUAGUGGUAUAGGUUUGUAAUGGGACCAGAUACAGAAAACAAUGGUGAUAGUGUUGCAAGCAAGCUUUUUGGGACUUUGAAUGGGUUCAUGAGGAAGUUUUUGUUUCGCAUUUUGUCUGUGGGACCUGUUCCCAACCACCUCGCCUUCAUCUUGGAUGGAAACAGAAGGUAUGCUAAAAAGUGGAAGCUGCAAGAAGGAACUGGCCACAAAUGUGGGUUUUGGGCUCUGAUGUCCAUCCUUAAGUACUGCAAUGAGCUGGGGGUGAAGUAUGUGACAAUAUAUGCAUUCAGCAUUGAUAAUUUUAAAAGACGGCCGAAUGAGGUUCAAUAUGUGAUGGAUUUGAUGCAUGAGAAAAUCGAAGGGUUGCUCAAGGAAGAAAGUAUCAUGAACCAAUAUGGAGUCAGGGUAUAUUUCAUAGGGAAUUUGAAGCUUUUGCCUGAGCGUGUUAGGGUUGUAGCUGAAAAGGCGAUGAAAGCCACAGAAAAUAACAAGAAUACUGUGCUAUUAAUUUGCGUCGCUUAUACUUCAACGGAUGAGAUUGUGCAUGCGGCUCAAGAAUCUUGCCAACAUGAAUGGGAUGAGAUCCAAGCAAUGAAAGCAAGUGAAUCUAACGAUGGUGGUGAGAUAAUAAGCAAUGAAAACCAGGAGGAGCAUCGUUUUAUAAAUCUGGUAGAUCUUGAGAAGUACUUCUACAUGGGAGUGGCACCUGAUGUGGAUAUUUUGUUUCGAACCUCAGGCGAGACCCGCCUGAGCAAUUUCCUUCUUUGGCAGACUUCCACUUGUCUCUUGUAUUCUCCGCGUGCACUGUUUCCGGAGCUUGGUUUGCGGCAUUUGGUGUGGUCGGUACUGAACUUUCAGAGAGUCUAUCCUUAUUUGGAGAGGAGACGGAAGCAGGUAUAACUGGCUGGUCACAUUGUUUUCUUUCCUGCACUGGCUAAUGGAUUAUGUGAGAGUAUUCGGAGACUCCUGUCAAAAUAUGCUACGCCUUUCCAUUCGAAUUUUGGUCCUAGCAUAAGCUCAAAUACAGCAUCCCUGUUAGUCUUGGGGCUAAAGUGAAUUAGUAUGUACUUCCAGCCUCUAUUCAAACAUAAAUGCCAUGCUGAUAUCAAAAGUUUCAAAUCCAAACAGUCUUUCACUUUGUUAAGUGCCACAUUUGUACCGAGUAGUAUUAGGGCUUGUUUGGAUG